GUGUAUAAAAUUUGAGAUGAUGUAUGAAGCAAUAGUAAUGAAAUUUCAAAAUAUCUCAAUGUUUUCAGACAUCAGCGCAUGAUGUAAAUAGAUGCUUUAGUACUGUAUGCAGCUUACUUAAACACAGUAACAUCAUUACUCUUAGGGUUAAAGUUUAAUAUUUUUAUUUAUCUGCAUUAAAAGAACGUACGUUUCGUUUUAAAUAGUCGAUGACAAUCACUGUAAAAAAUGAAAAGGCAGUAUGACCAUACAACAUGCAAUCGUUCUUAGACAGGUCAACGAACUAUCCAUUGCACUUAUUCAAAUGGCCGUUACGGCUUCUAAAGAAGCAAAUCUUGAAAAAGCUUCGGAGUUAAUAGCAAAAGCUGCCGGUGAAGGUGCCAAAUUGGUGUGUUUGCCCGAAUUUUUCAAUAGUCCCUACGAUUUGCGUCAUCUUGAUGUUUAUGCUGAAAAGAUACCGGGUCAGACAAGUACUGUUUUAUCAAAUGCUGCAAAAAACAAUAACAUAUAUUUGAUUGGAGGUAUGUUUUGCAAUUUAUACAUAAAGAAUUUUAUUACACAAUUUUGUAUUUAUCAAUGUUUUAAUAUAGAGAUAGUUUUUUUCCAGUUCAUGUUUGAUAAGCAUUUAAAAGUGAUUCAAUUAGAGUAUAGAGAAAUUGUAAAUUUCUGUUUUAGUAAGAUAGAAUUAUCAUAUGAAAAAACAUCUGUUGAUAAUUAAAAAAAAUAGUUUAAGUAUAUCUUUAAAAACAAUUUGAAAUUAUUGAUAUUUAAGUACAGUAGAGCAUCAAUUAUCCGAAUACCAAUCAACCAAAACAUUGGUUAACCGAAAGCAUUCCAAUCAGAAAAUUCAAAUUUCUGGUAGUUCUGUGGCGCUGCAGCUCUCUCACCCUUCUUUCGAACUUAAACUGUAGGCCUACUUUAAUGUAUUACUUUAUUUAAGGUAUGUAUUUGUAAGACGUGUGAUACAAAAUAUACAGUACAGUUUCGUGUUUAAUAUAUUUUUUCAUAAAUGAUCAGUUAUCCGAACAACCCCAGUCCCGAAUUGUUUUGGAUAAUCAAUGCUCUACUAUAGUUUUAAAUUGUCAUUUGUGUAAAUUAUCACAAAAACUAACUUUCAAAAUGUUGCCAAACAUACUUUUGCUAAAUUUAAAAGCUAGUAUUUCUCAGGAAUAUAUUAUUGCCAUGCUGAACCUGAUAUAUUUAAAUGUAGACUUUACCUUUGUAUCAGAUGAAAAUUUUAUAAACUUGAAGAUGUCUGUAGCAGGGGUGCCUAGACUUUUUGCUGUAAGAGCCCUAGUUACCUACCUGAAAUUUUGGGAGCC